UUUUUUUUUUUUUUUUUUUCGCAAUUUCCACUCGCGGGGAGCAGGAAACCCGGCGCAGCCAGGCGCAGCGGGCCGCGAUGCAGCAGCAGCAGGAGUCGCCCCGGGGCAGCAGCGGCAGCAGCAGCAGAGGCAGCAGCAGCGGGCGGCGCUGAGCCGCCGCCGCCGCCACUGAGGAAGAAACCAGCCCAGUCGCCGUCGCGUUCCGACGCCCGCACCCGGAUCCAAGCGCCAGGAUCCCGGCGCCCCGACCCCAGCGCCCGCCUCCGCCAACUUUCACGCUGCCUCGGCGGCCCGGCCCGGCUCGGCGCCAAUGGUGGAGGCCAUAGUGGAGUUUGAUUACCAGGCCCAGCACGACGAUGAGCUGACAAUCAGCGUGGGUGAGGUCAUCACCAACAUCAGGAAGGAGGAUGGAGGCUGGUGGGAGGGACAGAUCAAUGGCAGGAGAGGUUUGUUCCCUGACAACUUUGUAAGAGAAAUAAAGAAAGAUAUGAAGAAAGACCCUCUCUCCAACAAAGCUCCGGAAAAGCCCAUGCACGAUGUGUCCAGUGGAAACUCUUUGCUGUCUUCUGAAACAAUUUUAAGAACCAAUAAGCGAGGGGAGCGACGGAGGCGCCGAUGCCAGGUGGCGUUCAGCUACCUGCCCCAGAAUGAUGACGAGCUUGAGCUGAAAGUCGGUGACAUCAUAGAGGUGGUAGGAGAGGUGGAGGAAGGAUGGUGGGAAGGUGUUCUCAAUGGGAAGACUGGAAUGUUUCCUUCCAACUUCAUCAAGGAGCUGUCAGGGGAAUCAGAUGAACUUGGCAUUUCCCAGGAUGAGCAGAUGUCCAAGUCAAGCUUAAGGGAAACCACAGGCUCUGAGAGUGAUGGGGGUGACUCCAGCAGUACCAAGUCUGAAGGUGCCAACGGGACAAUGGCAACUGCGGCCAUCCAGCCCAAGAAAGUUAAGGGAGUGGGCUUUGGAGAUAUUUUCAAAGACAAGCCAAUCAAACUAAGACCAAGGUCCAUUGAAGUAGAAAACGACUUUCUGCCAGUAGAAAAGACUAUUGGGAAGAAAUUGCCUCCAGCUACAGUGACUCCAGACCCGUCGAAAACAGAAAUGGACAGCAGGACAAAGAGCAAAGAUUACUGCAAAGUAAUAUUUCCAUAUGAGGCACAGAAUGACGAUGAAUUGACAAUCAAAGAAGGAGAUAUAGUAACUCUCAUCAAUAAGGACUGCAUCGAUGUUGGCUGGUGGGAAGGAGAGCUCAAUGGCAGACGAGGCGUGUUCCCUGAUAACUUCGUGAAGUUACUUCCACCGGACUUUGACAAGGAGGGGAAUAGGCCCAAGAAACCACCACCUCCAUCUGCUCCUGUCAUCAAACAAGGUGCAGGUACAACAGAGAGAAAACAUGAACUUAAAAAGAUACCUCCUGAAAGACCAGAAACGCUGCCAAACAGAACAGAAGAAAAAGAAAGACCAGAGAGAGAGCCAAAACUGGACUUACAGAAGCCCUCCGUUCCUGCCAUCCCACCAAAAAAGCCUCGGCCACCUAAGACCAAUUCUCUCAACAGACCUAGUGCACUGCCCCCAAGAAGGCCAGAGCGACCAGUGGGCCCACUGACUCAUACCAGGGGUGACGGUCCAAAGAUUGAAUUGACGGGCAGUACGCUAGCCAGCAUCCUGGACAAGGAUCUCUCGGAUCGCAGCAAUGACAUUGACCUAGAAGGUUUUGACUCCGUGGUAUCCUCUACUGAGAAACUCAGUCACCCAACCACAAGCAGACCAAAAGCUACAGGGAGGCGGCCCCCAUCCCAGUCGCUCACAUCUUCCUCCCUUUCAAGCCCCGAUAUCUUUGACUCCCCAAGUCCCGAAGAAGAUAAAGAGGAACACAUUUCGCUUGCGCACAGAGGAGUAGACGUGUCAAAGAAGACUUCAAAGACUGUUACCAUAUCCCAAGUGUCUGACAACAAGGCAUCCCUGCCGCUCAAGCCAGGGACCAUGGCAGCAGGCGGCGGCGGACCAGCCUCUCUGUCCUCGGUGGCAUCCUCCCCACUGUCGUCCUCUUUGGGAACAGCUGGACACAGAGCCAACUCCCCAUCUCUGUUCAGCACAGAAGGAAAACCAAAGAUGGAGCCUGUAGCCAGCAGCCAGGCGGCUGUGGAGGAGCUAAGGACACAGGUCCGCGAGCUAAGGAGCAUCAUUGAGACCAUGAAGGACCAGCAGAAACGAGAGAUUAAGCAGUUACUGUCAGAGUUGGAUGAAGAGAAGAAAAUCCGGCUUCGGUUGCAGAUGGAAGUGAAUGACAUAAAGAAAGCUCUUCAAUCAAAAUGAAUACUUGAUAACUGAGAUGUCUCAUUAUUCAUCCUGAGUCCAAGACUCAAAUUUUCUGCCCCAGCCAAAAUAAUCUUGUGCCAAAAGAUUAAAGGUUUGCCUCAACAUGUCCCUGUUUGAAAGAUUAGCACAAAAGUCUUGAUAGCACAACACAAAUUCCAUCCAAGAGGAGAAUCUUCCCCAUGGUUUAGUCCUGGGUCUGGCACUGGUUGUGACUUAGAGCAAAUUGUGCUACAGGCUUUUCUACCUUGAGAUCUCAUGCGAAACGAAAACUCAGGCAGUUUAGUCCAUAGUGGUACUAUUUUGAUGAUAUUUUCCAUUAAUAAAAUGUAACUUCAGAUUAUUCGUUUACAAGCUUUAUAAUUUUAUGAGUUUUUAAUCAUGUUUUGUCACUGAUGCCCCUAGUGUUUGUACUACACCUAGUCAGAAGCGAGUGUCUUAUUCUUUGGCUUCAGGUGAAAGCUGCCUCGCUUUGUGUUCCCCUUUAGGAUUCUAUUACAUAUGCAAUUUUAGAUCCAACCCAUCCCUUCCCCUGCCAGCAGACCCCGCCACCCUAAGAGAAAUUUUAGCUUAUAUAUGAUGGUAUAUUUACAAAAAAAAAAAAAGAGAGAGAGAGAAAAUCUGGUAUUUGCAAUGAUCUGUGCCUUCUUUUUACCACCCUCUUGAUUGGAGCUUUUGUGAUGCAGCUACCAUGAUUCAAAAAAAGAAAAAAAGAAAAAAAAAAAAGUAAGAAAGAAAGAAAAAUCUGCCACUUAUCUAAGUCCACUAGAGGCCACUGUCUUCACAGCUUCUCUCACCCUAGCCAAAGGUCCUAAGAGGAGAUAGCUGAGAAGUUGGGCUCUGUGGUACCAGCUGUGACUUUUUCAGUUCCUCCUACUUUUAGGUUGUUCAUGAAACUAGAAAUGUCAUCCCUGCUUGAUUUUUCAUCAGCCAAGUUAAACCCCUGCUUCCUGUCCUUUGCACCUUUUGCGUGAACAGAAUAUGCAUUAUUAAAGCAAAAAUAAAUAAAAAUAAAAUGCAAAUGAAAACAAGGGGGGGGAAGUUGUAUUAUUUCCUGCACUGGGUUAUCUGUGUGUGUUAUUGUUUAAACUGUAUUCACAUAAUGUCAUUUGCCUUGCUCACUUGUAACCCCUUCCUCAAGUCCAAGAGAAUGGGAGGGAAGGUCUUGUUGAAGUAUAGCCAUUGGAUCUUUCUUGCAUUUAUGGAAUUGCUUUUUCCUUCCUAAGGAAAGUGACGUUUGCUUAUCUGCUUUAUCUUUGUAGCACAUGAACAGUUCAGCCUUAGAAUGUGUAACUGUUUUCUCAUCCUUAGCUGAAAAUAAGGGGCAUACUGCAUUGCACGAUUGUUCAGGGGUAGAGAUGGAGGAUGUGGUCCCUUAAUGGCCCCCAAAGAUGUUUGAUGUGUUUCUAAGCAGCUGCUUUGCCUAAUUCCUGAGUUUUAUAGUGAAACUACGAAACAUUAACAGAUUUUACAUAGCCGUGAUAAAUGCAAAUUGAUAACAGUGAAGGAAUGAUGCAAAAACUCACAUUAUUCAUCAUUGGAAGUAUAACACAUAAAUAUCUCUUCCUUUCUCUUUCUCUCUCCCUUCCCUUGCCUUGCUCUUCCCUGGAUACUCAUCCAUUCUGAUUGAGGCCAUUACUUUCCUCUCAGUAUUUACAAAGCCCCAAUGCCCUGGUCUUCCUGAGCGGGAAGGGACACAGUUAAGGAAAGGGAGUGUGUAAAGAAAGAAACCUCACACCCUUUAUUCCCAUGUCUGGAUAUAUUGCCUUUUUAGCAGUCUUGGUCUCAGUGUGCUCGCAGCCAGAAGCACCAAGUUUCUCACGGCAGCGUAAAACAUUCCUGUACCCCUUGACUGUUCUAAGCUUUUCUGCAUUAAACUUGAAGCCUUCAGAGAUUCCCCACCACCUAAUAUAAGAAAGAGGAUUGGGUUCUUCAAUGUUUGAAUUUUUCAUUUACUCAUCAAGAAAAUCCCUGAUGAUAUAGUUUUAUAUAAUGUGUAUACAGAAUAGGAAUGUUAGUAAUUAAAUUGAGAUGUUGGGGCACCCUCAUGGGGCACUAGCAACUUGGAAUGUAGAGAGCUGAUGUAUUCUCCUCACAGAGGCCAUUGGCUUCCUUUGUAUAAAGAGAGGGAGAAGCGAUUGUAGAAAGAGAAGUUGGCAUAUCCAGCUUCAUUACUGCCCCUUGGGCUAACGAGCAAGAGGAUUCUGCAUCAUGGAACUGGAUGAGCCACUGCCCCCACAGCCACCAUCUUUACUCUUGGCAAAAUGGACCCAUCAAGAAUAUUGAAAAGCUUGAAAGUAUCACUUUUGAAAAAAAAAAUUCUUUUGCAUUCAGCAUGGACUCAACCAAGCAUCUAUGGAGAUUAUUUUUUUGCUUCAUUUUCUAAAGUUGUAUUUAGAAAAGUCUUAAGUAUUGUGCUUUGUAAAAGAAGAUGAUUAAAAUGAAAUUUUGUGA